AUGCUUAUGCAGCUUGCAUCGGCUAACAUUACUACGCUUACUCUCAGCGGCGUAGCUUUCCUCAACCUUGCUCAUGUACAAUCCUUCGUCUGCGCCCUACCCAAAUUGUCUGACCUCUCAAUUCGACGCAUCGUCUACAACAAUACGAUCACACGUCAUGCCAACUUACUACCGCUCACUAGUCGGAGCUUGGACGCCGAAUACAGGUUGGCAUCCCCGCCCGCCCUAUCCUUCCUCUGCUUCGAACCCGAACUAGCCAGUGUUGCUACUGUUGCUACUUUCGAGGUGGCCGCCUGGCUAGGGAAUGGUCCCAGUACCAACACGCUGAAAUCGCUUCUUGUUCCGUACUCUUCCAUCUCGCCGCAGGCGAUCCUCAAGCACUUUGGACCUACCGUUUCCCACCUUGCGUUGCCUCUCCGGACAUUGGAUAGAUCAGCAGCUUACGGACAUGACCAGCCAUUGAGCGGAUACACCAACUUGGGAAACCUGACCAUCUUCAUGGACUCGUACAACGAUCACCAAGGCUCAUGGUACCUCCUUCCCGUAUUCUUGGAGCGGUACCUCCUAUCUCAGCAUCUGCGGGUACUCGCAAUCGAAGUUCACUUGGACUAUCCCACUCGAAGUACAGCUAUUCUUGACUGGACUGCCCUGGACCACCUGAACGACGUCUUGGACGAUGAAAAAUUUGAGUUGCUGGAGAAGGUCGAGUUCAAGAUUCUGUUGAAAAAAGUAUGCUGGGAUCUGGCGACGGAAAUGGCUAUGCUGUUGCACUCUGUUGAAGGGCGGUUAUACAUCCCUGCUGCCGCCGGGAAGCUCUUCACAAGAUACGAGAGGAUCGGUUACUGA